CGGACACAAGGAGAAAGCAAAGGAGCUCAAUUAGGUUCACAAAAGAUGGUUUAAUGGAAACCCAGAAAUAGAGUAAAGUAUACGAUGAAAAUCUACGGACCCUGAACCGGCUGAGUGUUGAGAACGGAGAUUGCCAAGUUUGAAUUCAAUUCACUCUAUUAAAUCUUCAUGUUUUCAAAGAGAACUAUUCAUCACCUUUACAAGUCUUCUGAUUAUCUUCGCCAGGAAAUUUGGCAUUUUCAAUAUUGGAAACCAUUUAUAUUGAACAAUUGUACUUUUACUAGCUGUGCAAGUAUAAAUUCGCUGGUUCUUGAUGAUUUUUCAGAUGAAGAAAAUGUAUAUUAUCCGUCUAUUAUUCAUCCUCAUAUAGCGAAAGACAAUGGCUAUUUUGAUCAUACUUAUUAUCUAAGCCUACUAGAUAGUUGCUUGAGUGAAGAGUCAAUUGUGGAUGCCAAGAAACUACUUGGGAAGUUGUUGAAAUUGGGAUUUGGCUCCGAUUAUUGGAUUGCUGCUAGGUUUCUUGAUAUUUAUGUUGCUGGUGGAGAUUUAUCUGGUGCAUUGCAAAUAUUUGAUAAUUUGCCAAGUCGGAUUAAAAACGUGUCUUGCUGGAACAUAUUAUUGUCUGGUUUUACACGGACGAAAAGAAAUGAUGCAGUUCUAAAUCUGUUCUCUCGAAUGUUAAGAGAAGAUGUUAAUCCAGAUGAGUGCACAUUUUCCCAAGUUCUGCAAGCCUGCAGUUAUAACAAGGUUGCUUUUCGUUUUCGGGGUGUUGAACAGAUUCAUGCUUUGAUUAUGCGCUAUGGUCUUGGAUUGAAGCUCAUUGUUUGUAACCGUUUGAUUGAUUUGUAUUCUAAGAAUGGAUUUGUAGAUUCUGCUAAGCAAGUCUUUGAGGAUAUGGUGGUAAGAGAUAGUUCUUCUUGGGUUGCCAUGUUAUCUGGUUUUUGUAAAAACGAACGAGGAGAAGAUGGUAUUCUCCUAUAUAAGGAUAUGCGUAAAUUUGGAGUUAUUCCUACUCCGUAUGUUUUCUCAAGUGUUAUAAGUGCAUCCACAAAGAUAAAAGCUUUUGAGUUGGGAGAACAGCUCCAUGCUAGUAUCUAUAAAUGGGGAUAUUUAACUAAUGUUUUUGUUGGUAAUGCUCUUGUGACAUUGUAUUCUCGGUGUGGAUACUUAACAUUAGCAGAACAAGUAUUUAUUGAAAUGCCGCAGAAGGAUGGAGUUACCUAUAAUUCCCUAAUCUCUGGUCUCUCUUUGAAAGGAUUCAGUGAUAAGGCUCUACAGUUAUUCGAGAAAAUGCAGUUAGGUUCGUUAAAACCCGAUUGUGUUACAAUUGCAAGUGUCUUGGGUGCUUGUGCAUCGUUAGGAGCUCUUCAGAAGGGAAGACAAUUGCAUUCUUAUGCAGCAAAGGCAGGUCUAUGCUCAGAUAGCAUAAUUGAAGGUUCUUUACUUGACCUUUAUGUUAAGUGCUCUGACAUUGAAACAGCCCAUAAAUUUUUCCUUGGAAGCCAGAUGGAAAACAUUGUUUUGUGGAAUGUGAUGCUCGUGGGUUAUGGACAGACGGGUGAUUUGGAUGAAUCAUUCCAAAUCUUUUCGCAGAUGCAGGGUAAAGGGCUACAACCUAAUCAAUACACAUACCCCAGUAUAUUGAGAACUUGUACAUCUGUUGGUGCUCUGUAUCUUGGAGAGCAAAUACAUAGCCAAGUAUUAAAAACUGGCUUUUGGCAGAAUGUUUAUGUGUGUAGUGUGCUUAUAGAUAUGUAUGCCAAACAUGAAAAAUUGGAUGCAGCAGAGAAAAUCUUUUGGCGUCUAAAUGAGGAAGAUGUUGUAUCUUGGACAUCCAUGAUCGCUGGAUAUGCUCAGCAUGACUUGUUUGUUGAAGCUCUAAAACUUUUUAGAAAAAUGCAACACCAUGAAAUUCGAUCAGAUAACAUAGGAUUUGCAAGUGCAACUAGUGCAUGUGCCGGCAUUCAAGCAUUCAAUCAAGGGCGACAAAUCCAUGCCCAGUCAGUGGUGUCAGGCUACUCAUUAGAUCAUUCAAUAGGCAAUGCAUUGAUUUUUCUCUAUGCUAGAUGCGGCAGAAUACAAGAUGCGUAUGCAUCAUUUGACAAAAUUGAUACCAGAGAUAUUAUUUCGUGGAAUGGCUUGGUAUCAGGAUUUGCCCAAAGUGGAUUUUGCGAAGAAGCACUGAAAGUGUUUUCUAGAUUGAAUGGACAUGGAGUGGAAGCUAACAUGUUCACAUACGGAUCUGCUGUUAGUGCAGCUGCUAAUACCACCGAUAUUAAACAGGGGAAGCAGAUUCAUGCUAGAAUAAUAAAGACUGGUUAUAAUGCUGAA